AAGCGCCUGCGUUUGUGGGGCCCCAGCUUCUGCAGCUAGCGCUGAAGACAGAUGCAAACUUACCUUCUUCCAUGAUUCGCAACACUUUGGUUUUGCUAUCCCCGCCUCUACGUCCCGAGCCAAAUGCCUCGCCAAGCAGAGUCAAAUACAAGCCCUGCAACCUUACUCUUAAGCGGAAAGAUGCACGAGAUAGUCCUAGAUGGGACUGUCGAUGCAAAUUCUGCGGAGAAGGCAAACGCUACUGGCCAGAACCUAGCCAGCGUACUUCACCAGCUGAAGGAUAUGUGAGUUCAAGAUUGUUUUCUCCGUAGCUAUAUCGAAGACAGAUUGAUAUAUGUGGAUAUGAAGACGAAUUGCCCAUUGACCGCUUGAACUCGGGCAGAGGUCAAUGGUACAUAGAAAUUCAAAGGUCAUCG